GGUUUUCAAGAUGGUUGAUAUCGUCGACUAGGCGAGCUCAUACUUCUUCACGAGGGCGCUCACCUCGAAGCCGCGUCUAGAGUCCUGCAAAAUAUCCAUCUUCGUGUCAAGCGACACAGCUUUACGCUUUGUCGGCACCAUCUUCGAACUGGGCCACUGGGUUGUACCGUUGGUUGCACGCUGCUUCGGUGGCGUCAGCCUGCUAUCGCUAGACAGAGAGACUGAGUGCGGGACGGGUGUCACCGCGCCGCUUUGCUUCUCGCUUUUUUUUUUUCUUUCUCUCUCUUUCGGAGCGACUGUGGCCGACGUGCAUGAAGCAGCCAGCGCCAUCUUGUGGCGCGCUGUGCCUACUCAGGUACUCUCCGGUGUGCGGGCAGGGCGGGACGCGCUGCGCGGUAAUGGCGGCAGAUACGAAUUUACGGAAGUAAACAUCGGCUCAUCUCAACAUCGUUCGUUUCAGGGAACUAAGCAACGCAAAUGUUACGAUUAUUUGGCAUGGAAAACGCCGUCCAGACAGCAAAAUUUUGAUGUUAUAUUCGAUAUGCGGUGAAUAACCUAUCGUUAUAAAUGUUUCUUCCCCAUAGACCUAUAGCAUAAAAUGACACUCUCAUGUCGACCCAUCGUUACAACCAAUAUAUUGUUAUAUGUGGUAUCGUUAUAAGUGGACUGCACUGUAUUUCAACUGCCCAAGUUUGCAGGUGUACCUAGAAAAAGACUCUGUGCACUGCAUUGGUACUGUGCGGACAAACCGGGUCCCUGGAGUGAGCCUGCCUAGCGAGCAGGAAAUGAAAAAGAAAGGAAGAGGAUAUUUUGAAGAGGGUUGCAGUUUGGGUGGAAUUGAGCUGUCAUGUACAAGGUGGCAAGAUACCCGAGCAGUGACUUUGCUCUCCUCCUUUGUUGGAACACAGCCUGCUACAAGUGCAUCAAGGUAUAAUGGUCAAAAAAAAAAGAGCGGAGUGAGAUACCAUGCCCUGCAGUGAUCACCAUCCACAACAAGCACAUGGGAGGCGUCAACCUUUUGAACUCCCUCAUCUCCAUUUACCGUCCCUACCUGAGGUCGAAAAUAUAUUAUUUUCGUGUUUUUCUGCACAUCCUUGACUUGACAGCUGUAAAUGCUUGGUUGCUUUACAAGAGAAACGUCAUGAAAAAACGUGGUCAGUACAGUGAAAGGCUACUUCCACUGGCUGCGUUCAAGAUGGACCUGGCUGCAUCACCCUGCAAGGCUGGGAAGACGGCACUGAAAAAGCGAGGAAGGCCUAGCAAUGAGUCAGUAGAACAAGCCUCUGAUGAGAAGAAAAAAAGGGGACCAUCAGCUCCAACUCCAACCCAGGGUGUCAGGCUAGAUCAGGUUGGUCAUUGGGUUCUUUGGAGCAAGAAGCGGCAGCGCUGUAAGCUUCUUGGCCGCACAGGAAUCUGCAUGAGCUACUGCGUUGAGUGUGGAGUGCAUCUCUGUUCCACAAACAAGAGCAAUUGCUUUUUUGUGUACCACACUACAAAAUGAGUCCACCGUUUCUCGUUACUUACUGAUUACUGCUCAAGGUAUAGAACCAAGCUUUGUCAGCAAGCAAGUGAUAUAGCUUUCUAUUGUACGAUGUGUUCCCCCUUGCUGAUUGAUGUAAACAAAUGUUGCAGUUUUAAACACAAUAAGCCGGGCUUUCUUCAACUUUUUCUUUAUGUGCACAUUGUUGCAAAUAUGCAAUGUACUUUUUUUCUGCCAAUACAAACUGUAAAAGUCCACUGAAGAUAUUUUUUUUGUUAGUACAGCUAUUGUUAUGGUUCCCUGCAACGACAUCAAUAAUUUUAUGGCAAAAGAAAGAAUUGUGCAGUAAAGUGACUGUUUUAUUUUUCAUGAAAGCAUAUACGUGCUGUAAAAACA